AUGUCUGAUCUCAAAGCAUCUGUCGCUGAGACCCCGGCCGGUUUCCAUAUUGAGGGUUACGAGAAGAUCGAGUACGACUUUACGUUCAUCGAUGGAGUUUUCGAUGCCCGGAACCGAGAUCUUGCUGAUUGUUACCAACGAUGGGGACGCUGCCUGGCCGUCAUGGAUUCCAACAUCUUCGAUGUCUAUGGCGAGCAGAUGCAAAGAUACUUCGAUCAUUACAAGAUCGAUCUCGACAUCCAUAAGACCAUGAUUGGUGAGAAGGCCAAAUCCAUCGACACUUUCCUCAGCAUUGUCGAUUCCAUGAACAAAUUCGGUGUCUUCAGAAAGGAACCUGUACUCGUCAUCGGCGGUGGAUUAGUUACUGAUGUUGCUGGUUUUGCCUGUGCGGCAUACCGCAGAAACACGAAUUACAUUCGUAUUCCGACCACCGUCAUUGGUCUGAUCGACGCAUCGGUCUCAAUCAAGGUUGCUGUCAAUUACGGAAACUACAAGAAUAGGCUGGGAGCCUAUCAUGCUCCUAUGCACACGUUCCUCGAUUUUGGCUUCCUGCGCACCUUGCCAGAAGCGCAAAUCCGGAAUGGGUUCGCCGAACUGAUCAAGAUUUCCACAUGCGCUCAUCUUCCGACCUUUGACUUACUCGACAAAUACUGUGAGCAACUCAUCAAGACUGGCUUCGGACGCACUGAUGGCGCUCCUGAAGAAGUACGAAAAGCUGCCGAUACAAUCAAUCGUGCUGGUAUCCAUGAGAUGCUGAAGCUCGAAACGCCGAACCUCCAUGAAAUUGGACUCGAUCGUGUCAUCGCCUAUGGGCAUACAUGGUCACCCCUCCACGAGCUGGUACCAGACGUACCUCUUCGGCAUGGCCAUGCAAUUUCCAUUGACAUGGCAUAUUCUGCAACUUUGGCAAAUCUGCGCGGGCUGUUGAGUGACGAGGAUCAUAGUCGACUUCUGUCUCUAUUCUCUAGGGCAGGUCUAUCUAUGGACCACCACCAAUUCGACGAGGAGAUUCUCGACAAGGGUACCAAGGCCAUCCUGAAGACACGUGAUGGUCUGCUCCGUGCGGCGGUGCCUAGCCCCCUUGGAAAAUGUGUUUUCCUAAAUGACGUCUCCAUGGACGAGAUGUAUGCUGCCCUGAAAAAGCACAAGUCUCUAAUGAAGAACUUCCCAAGGAACGGCGAAGGUCUCGAGGCUUUCGUUGACGCCAGUGACACCGGCUAUACAGUCAACAACCAACCUGCUGAAAGCAGUACAAUGUCAAACGGACAGAAGAAGCUAAACGUUCUGAACGAUGAUUCUCAUGUUAACGGACAUCAGAAUGCAGAUGGCAAGAUGACCAAUGGUGUCUUUAAGGCUAGUAAGCACGCAACUACUGACGAAAAGCCUACUGGGUUUCUCCAUGGGGCUAAGGACGUUGCUACAAAUGGCCUGGCAAGCGGAAGGCCAAAUGGUUUGAAUGGUCAUACCAACGGUAUGCACUUGAACGGCAACCACAUCAAUGCUUCUCGCGUCAACGGGGUCCAUUAA